GUGAGAUCAGUAAGGAGGGGUGUUGCUAGGUGUGUGUAGGGGUGUGUGACGUGGGGUGUGUGACGUGGGGUGUAAUACACGAAGAGGUGAGAAUUGAGGGGUGGUUGGCGAUGGCGUGUUCGGGUGAAUUGGGGGCUGAUGCGUGGCUUACGACCGUCCAAGUGAGCAGGGCGCGUGUAAGCCAGGUGGUGGCAAAGCUGCGAUCGGCGGCUGCCGAAACGAUUGUUCCGUCGUUCUCGUGGAUCCUGAGUGAGCGGCAGUGUUUACUGGAGACCACAUGGGGGUUGGAGGAGGGGCCGCCCCCCCAUCCGCGUGCAUUUAUAGACUGGCCACGAUUGGACGACUUGAUGCAGCAGUACUACGAGGAGCUUAAGGUGGGGCAAGAUCUUUGUGCUACGCUGGAGGACCGCUGCUAUGAUGAUGACAACAACAUCAUGGAAGACGCUAACAACAUCAACCCUAUCGUGGAAGAUGCUAUCAACAUCGACAGUAAAAACAACGACAGUCUCACCGUUGUCGCUCUCAUUGACGCCGUCAACAGCAACGACAACAACAACAACGACAUCGGUAACAAUGACAACAACAACGACAACAGUAACAAUGACAACAACAAUACUAACGGCGAAGACGGUGAUCUUCGUGAAGAUGACCAUGACGUUCGCAUCCAAGUCAUCCAGGUCGCCAACAACAACGACAAUAUUGCUGACACGAUUCGGACGGGGGCAAUCGCAGGGUACGGCGGGCUUCCCCCACGAUUCUUGCCAUGUUUGGUGGAGGUAGCCCUCUUGGGGAGGGGAUGAGUUUGUGCAUGUUCAUGUGUAUCUGGCGCUGCUCGUGCGGGCGAAAUAGCACUGCGGCGCUUCAGGGUGGGGUAGAGGCCUGGAUCUUCGUCCUAAGGCUUUCGAUGUUUACAACAACAACAACAACAUCAACGAUAACAAAAACGACACCAAUCA